AAACACCUAGGUCACAAAUCUCCGGUACGCCAUCGUAUUCCACGUCUCCCAGGAGCGAUGUGUUUUCUCAGCCUCCAGGUACACCACGGCCUAUGUUUAAUGCUCCUACUACUCGUCCUACUACUCAUGUAUAUGCACCCUCUCGUACACCUGAUCCGUACAGUAGCCAACCUCCAACCCCCUCUCCCGCUCCCAAUUAUUCCUCACCAAGGCCAGAAUCCCGGCAAGAUUCGCAACCGCCUGAAGUGUUCAAUCAACAACCGGAAGUGAAUAGACAAUUGCGUGAUCUUUUGCAAAGGCAACAGUUUAGCAAAAAGAUGGAACCAGUGAGCACUACGUGGAAUCAAGAUGGUCAAAAUAAUGCCGAAAACAAUCAACCACAAUUUGAUGCGAGUCAUGUACAACUUCCACAACAUUCUCAAGCAGCAAGUAAUACCGGUGAAGGCACUUUCAGACAUCCUCUCCCCCCUGGUAUUGUUAGACCUAGGAUGCCCAUUCAACCAAACGUUUUAAUAAGAAAUCAAAUUGGAAUAAAUUCGAGACAUCCUGUGGCAGGAAAUGUAGAUGCCAGAGUACAAAAUAUAGAUCCACGAACUAGAAUGCUCUUGCAAAGACCGCAAGUGUCUGCAACUAUACCUCAACAACAUUUUCAAGGGAGUCAGACUUUGCAAACACGAAUGCCGGCUGCGAGAAAUUCUAUUGCAGAACCUUACGAUGUCUUACAACAGCAAAGGUUUCCGGUAAUACUCACAGAUCCCAAUCAAGGACAAAAUAUGGCGCAACGCAUAGUACGAACACCUCAGGAUAACUUAAAUCAGGGAAUUAGAAUGUUAGGUCAGCAAGGGGUUGGCAUAAGAGCACCUCUCAUACCAACGACGGUCGGUGAAGCGACCGUUAGUCCUUCUGAGCCGUCAGAGAUUCCUGAUAAUGUGACAGCAGAACUUGAAAAAUUGGAACAAGAGGGAGCACCAAUGGUUGAGGUCGAGGGAGUGAGUGCAAUAUUAGGAGACUUAGGUGAUGAUGACGACGAACUGCUUGCAGAAAUGGGAGCAGAUUUUAAUAUUCUGGAAUAUGCUGAUCCAGAAUUAGACAACAUAACCGGUGGUGAGAAAACAAAUAUACUUGAUUUAGAUUUAGAGCAAGUUGAGGUAGAGACGAAGGAUGAAAAACAAAAGAAAGAAGUUAAGGACGAGGAGCGAAAAUCGACAGAGUUAGGCGCAACGAGUGCGGUGCAUACUGACAUAAGCGACACGUGUAGUACGACAACUACUGUACAAACGCCGACAGAGACGUCUAAUGCUCCAACACAAGCACAAACAGUAACACCUAUUACCGCAACAUCACAAACACCACAGCAACCAUCCACGAUUAUGCCUCAAUCACAUGCUCAAGCUGUUGUUGUACAACAACAAAUGCAUCAGCACGUGCAGCAAGCCGCGGCAAUGGGCAGGCCUAUGCCUCCAGGAACUCGCUUGCUUUCGCCUGAUGGAGCAGUUGGCGUUGUUACAUCAACUAACACUGUUACGGUCAGUUAUCCGUCCACAUUCCCUGGACAUCCUCAGAGAAUACCACAAACACAUAUCCAAGUACCACAACAGCAGCGCCUUAGUAUGAGAGUGGCAGGCGUACCAAAUGUGGCUGGCAGAGUGGUUGCUGUGAAUCACAUGAUCGGUCCACGUAUGCCUCUUGCGCCACCGCCACCACCACCACCACCUCCAUAUCCUGGACCACCACCCCCUUACCCUGGACCCAUACAGAUGGGGCUGUGCCCAGGUGGGCGGGGUAUGACGCGGCCCCCAGUCCAUAUAGGGCACCCAGUACCGGUGGCGGGUCCACCAAUGGCCACUGUGGUACAUACUGGUACGCCCGCAAUGACACCUCACCCUCACCGAAGACCCUUGCUUCUGCAGGAACAACCAUUAUUGUUGGAGGAAUUGUUGGAGCAAGAGAAGCGUGAACAAGAGAAACAACAACAGCAGCAGCAACAACAGCAGCAGCAGCAGCAGCAACAACAGCAGAGCGACAGUACAAAUCCCGGAGCAUCUCUUCUAAGCGACAGAAUUACAUCAGUACCUGGAGGAGUUCCUGUAAUUAGGCCACCUUGUACAUCAAGCCCAACAUCCGCUCCAGGUACCAGUUGGCAACAAGCUGUACCGGAUGCAACGAAACUAGCAACCCAGGUGCCAAGGCAACCAAUUGCUACCCAAACACCACCAGAACCGAGAGUUGCCACGUUCAACAUCUCCCAGAUUCCUGCCCCGCCCACGCCGCCAGAGAAUAUCGUGAACGAACAGGACCGUCAAGUACAACUGCAGUACGAGCAGUGGCUAAACCAUCAGCAUCAAGUGUUGACACAACAGUUGAAGUAUUACGAAACUGAGGUACAAAAGCUGCGUAAAAUACGAAAAUCCCUCAAUAGCAAACAACGACAGUUACGAAAGUCGGGGAACGAAUUGACAGAGAACGACGCGGCCGAGCUGCAACGCAUUUCCAGCGAGCAGGCGAUAUUGCAAAAGCAUUUAGACGCUAGUCGCAAGCAAACACGUCAACAUGGCAUGCUGAUACAGGAGUAUCACAGUAAACAACAGCAGAGGCAACCGCAACAACAGAGCAGCGAACCGUGCUCACCGCUGAUGUCACCAUCUCAACAUUCUCCGAUGCACAGUCCUGCUGCGCUUGUUUCUCAGAGCCCAGGCCCUGGAAACGUGCCCACGAGCAUGAUACAACAUUCGCCAGCGGCUCCCAUUAUUCAACACAGCCCGAAUCCACCUCUGUUGCAACAUAGUCCUGGUAAUCCGCAAUCGGGGAAUCCAGGAACGAUGUCGCCUCAUAAUAUGCAACAAUCUCCUAGAAUUGGCACUCCACAUUCGCAGAAUGAAGAAAGUCCCUUCAGUCCUGGUGCCAUGCCGUCGCCAGGAAUGUGCGGUCCUACAGCGACCAGAAUGACAUCUCCGCAGCAUCGUGCAAUUAUCAGCGGAAGGCUCGCGACCAGUCCGGGUGCUUUCACUCCGGACACGCGAAAUACGCAACAAAUAAUCGGAGAUCAAGGGGUUAGAGUUCACGCUCUCUCGCAACGUUUCGUCCGUCCACCCGCCGUGGGAGAACCUGGACAAAGACCCAGAAUGCAGCUGCAAGGAGGAAUCGUAUACGGUCAACGUUCCCCACUUGGGAGUCCACAACCCACACAACAAACUCUAAUAAGCCAACAACACCAACAAAUGCUUCAGAGGCAACAAAUCAUUCAACAGCAACACGAAACUACUGGAAUCCUUCAAGAUGGACAAAACGCGUUGACACAACGGACACUGCAAAUGGCACAACAGAGACAACAAUUGCUGCAACAGCAGCAGCAGCAGCAACAAAUAGUUCAACAACAGAGACAACAAUUUCUGCAAUUGCAACAACAGCAGCAACAACAACAACAACAACAGCAGCAUAGUAUGCAAAAACCUCCAAGUUCUCCGAUGGUAUCUCAACCUGCCAACUCUCCGAGCCCUCAGCUUCAUCAACAAAUUCAACAAAAUUACGGACAACCUCCAAGCUCGCCCAUGCCUCGUAGCCCUAUGGUGCAACAAACCAUGGGUUCGCCUAUGCUUCAGCAACAGCUGAGUCAAACUUCCCAACCUCCCAGUCCAAUGAAUACGAGAAUUCAUCCGCAUCCACCCAAUUCGCCAAUGAUAUCACAGUAUCAACCGCCAAGUCCGAUGGCUCGUAAUCAUCCCUCAACAUCACCCAUGCUGCAACAUCAGUUGAACAACACGCAUCAUCCUCAGACGUCCCAACCACCCAGCUCACCCAUGCCACGAAGUCCAAUGGUUGGUGGCUCACCAAUGCAGAUGCAGAGAAGACAAUCUACCGGAAAUAGCCCAGCGAUGCCAGAUCGACCACAAAGUGUUGAAAACCCAGGAACACCAAGAACUCCCCACACUCCGCACACACCUCACACACCACACGGUUCUUACACAGCUCCAACCUCAAGCAACAUCACAGGACCAAGUGAGCAACAGCAAUUGCAACAACCACAUCAACAUCAACAACAGUCUAUUCCACAGGAGCAAUCGUCUACAACAGAUCAUACGAAUAGAGGCGGAGGAAACCCACACAAUCCUCUAAAUCCAUUGCCACUCUCGGCUUGGUUCGGACGAUUCGGACAUUUCAAGCUUGGACUAAGAGGUGGUUCUCCUAUGUGGUCUACGAAGGCCGAGACUAGCAAAGGGAAAACAUCGGAAUCGCAUCUUCUGAACAUGGACGAGAAGCCAAACACGUCGGUGGUUGUUCAUAGAAAAACCGGUAUACCGCAGUCGAAAAUCAACUCUCUGGUGUGUGCAGACUACAACGACUUCGACGACGAUUCGCACACGCCACCUCAAACUCCACCGACGUCGAUAGAAACGAAACAAACCACUGCGUUAUCCGACAACGGACCCUUAACGUUGGGCAGUCCAAGCAGCAAAAUGGAACCUAUACCUGACACCACUGACUAUGACGAUGAUAAAACUAUCGUGAACACUGAGGUAACUUUGAGCUCCACUGCUCAACGAGAUAGUGACGAUAUUACUGUUAUAGAUCAGUUUGGAGACUCAGAACUAGUCGACGUGAUAUCAGGAACUUUGGAAGGUGACAUGCAAGAGGAAUACGUGCUUUUCGAGCCUGGAAUGGUCGUGGAUUUAUCAGCAGACAGCAACGAUUCUCUCUGUCACGCGUUGGUCAACGAAGGCAGUCAAGGGCACGAUUUAGUGCAAAUAUUAGAAAUUGAAAAUCCUGAAUCUCAAACGGACGAACCGAUGCUCAGUGACGAGGACUUGGUACCGUCCCAUACAAGGAACAAAAAGGGCCUGAGACUGGACAUAGUGAGGACUUUGCAAUCUGGUAAGAGGCUGGUAGCUGUCACGGAUACUCCAGAGUCACCUGAUCAAGAGGAACUUCGCGUAGAUCCGUCGCCUGGAUCGUACAUGGACCAAUCACCGGAACAGGACCUUAUGAUGUCUUUUGUUAGCGAAUCUGAAGUAGUAAUCAUUGACCCUAGUACAAAAUCACCCGAGGAUAAUUUGUCGAAAGAAUCAUGUGCCGAGGAAGUUGAGAAAACAGAUACCGCUAAUGUUUCCGAAGCGUCAAAAGAAAAUACUGUCGUAGAAAAUACUGCUGAAGAUCAAUCAAAACCACAAAAAGAAUCAAAGCCAAAUAGAAGUCCAACUUCGUUUGUGUUCUCUGACAAAGUACUUUACAAUCAAAUUCCACCAUCAAGUAUGCAUCAUGCUAACAUUGGCGUACCGUCUACGUAUAGGUCCAUAGCUUCCUUAUCAAACUCUGCAAGUACAAAUAGUAGUACAGACAAUACGAAUACUGUUACAGCGGUAUCCAGCAGUUUACUUGUAGCGGCAGACACCGCUGUUAAAUCGACUCCAAUUUUUACAACUCUAAGCAUAACGAAAGAGGCGGUGUCUUCUCCCUUCAAUAAUCAAAAGCAGUUACCAUCGACGAUGGCGAGCAUCGUGGCGGACGCGAAAAUUGCAGCUAAACUUAGUCAGACAGCUUUAGAGAACAUUGCAGUCAGCUCACAGCAGAAUAUAAUGAAGACAGAAUUGUUGCCCAAAAUUAAUACACAGAAUAUGGAGAUUUCUAAACUUCAGCUUACUAGCUUAGAUAAGAUUGUGUCGUCAGUGCCUAAUAUACAGAAUAAUUUCAGCAGUUUUGUGCAAAGUACUACUACAAGUGCAGUGGAGACGUCGAAUAAUCCUACGAAAUUGAUAUUGACCGUACAACCAACAUCUGUCACGUUGUCUACGCCAAAAAUGUCUAUACCUGAUCUUCCCAAGAAGGAGAAUGUAAGCAAUUCUAUCGUGAUGACGAAGGAGAAUAAGUUGGAGGUUUUGGAAGAAUGUUUGAAGAUGAAAAAUGAGAAAGAUGAAACUGAUCACUCGGUGAAAAAUUCGGAGGAAACUAACAUGGAUACUUUAAGCAGAAAUGUGGCCACCGGUGUAGCUGUGAGUCAAGAAUCACUUCCAUCUGAUGAUAAGAACUCUCAUAUAGAGAGUAAAACAGAUGCUGCUUCUUCGUUGAAAAGGAUAUCACCAGUCACCGACGAUGUAUCAUUAGUAAAUAUUUUAGAGAAUGACUUGGAACCUGUUGAGAAUGAAAACAAAGAAGAAAACGUGACGACCUCUGAUGCUCAAAGAGUGAACAGUAAACCGAAAGAAAUCGAACCUAGCAUCGCUGAUAACUCUAAUUUGAAUAUUCCUCGAAAAGAAAAGAAACACGAUGAAUUAUGUACGGAAAUUGAAACGAGUAAACCUUACGUGCAACAUUGCCUCAAUGAAGAAAAAGGUAUGAUGGAAGAAUCGUCUGACGACAUAUUAGACAUGCUGCAUAAUAUUAUAUCAUCUAAGCCAGAAAUGGCUAACAGUGAGAUACUUCAAGAGGAUAGAUCGAGGAAAUCAAGUAUGAUGUACGAAUUGCCGACACCUUUAGACACUUUACCUCUGAACAUUCUCCAAGAUUCUUUGAUGGACCUGGAACAAGAACACUCGGACAAUGAACAUCUUUCGCCGAUCGAGAAUAAAGUUCCGAAAGUACAGAAAACCACUUCACCACCUGUUGUGGAGCCUGCACCGAAAAAGAGCUCUCCGAUUCCACAUCAGAGUACUCCUCUGGUAGUGAGUACCAUAGCACAACUGCAGAAAGGCACAACAACAGUACCUCAUCUUUCUCCCCUCUCAAAGCCUACCGAACUAACGUCAAACGUCGCCAACGUGUCGCAUCAGCUAAGAACAUUGCUCUCUUCUCUACAAACUAAUCAUUCGCAAAAUUGUACAACUGUAAAUCAAACAGCAAUCGUCACUAUGGUGUCCUCAGCGAUCUCAGGCCCAAAAAUGGGGAACAUACUGUCCACGACCAGCACAUCCUCGCCGAAUUCUGUAAAUAAUUUACACAGUAACACGAACGUUCGAUUGCAGACCUGUAUGACCACAUCUCACUCUACGACCCCGAACAAAACCGAUUUAGAGACCACGACAACCAGUUACGCCCCGCAUACAAAGGAAAGUACAAAUUCUACAGUAAGCGUUGUUUCUACUUUGUCUAAGAUCACGCCCUCGGAACCACUUUUACGAGUCACUUCCAGUGGAAUACAGUCGCAAGCUGGUAGCAGUCUCGCCCUACAAACGUCGUCUGUGAUCACCCCGAGACCGCCGACCAAUUCAGGCAUCUCGAUCACGUCGAACGCGAUGCUGAACGCUAUGCUGGCCGGUACAAACUCCGCGAAACCUUCAAUCGCCGGUCAUCGAACGAAUACCGCUCCCACGCAAGCCAGCAACUUGCUGAGCUCAGUGAUGGCGACCUCGGUGCAACGCACACAAAGCCUUCAAGCGAUACUGCAAGUGAAUUCUGGCUGCUCUGCAGCACCAUCGCGUGUGGUCGUGAAUGCCACGUCUACGACGGUUACAACAUCUAUGCAGUGCGUCAGAACCAUCGUACCUCCAAUAGUCACCGCCAGUACCAACAGCAUCAACGUUACUACCAGCAUACUACAGUCCACCUUAUCUCAAACACCUACGCUUUUGCAUUCUCAGCUCACUUCGGGCCAGAGUCAAUACAAACCAGCCAGUCAUUUAUCGGUGGACAGUAAGAGUGCAGAUCUUGAGAGGCUGGCGCAGAGUACACCGUCGAAACAGGAGCCAGAAGAAUCGAACUGUAAACCACAAUUGGCACUGGAGAAACCACCAACUGCUAGGUCUGAAUUGGACAUGAACAAGAGCUCUACUGGUUCCCAUAGAAUGGAGGAGUCGCAAAAUGUAUUGUUAAAACAGUUGCUACAGAACACUGCUUGUGCAACGACUACUUUGUGCUCUGGUUCUUCACAAGGUCCCAGUCUGCCUCUGGUACCAUCUCUGGAGGCACAAUUAGCGAGGCCAGUACCACCUACACCGUUCUCUGUAUUACCACCACUAUUGAAUGAGGUACCAGCGCCGAAAACCACUUGUAACAAGCAAGUUCUGAACAGAGAGACCUCGUUCUUGUCGCAGUCAGUAACACCUCUGAAGGUGCAAAGUCCACCGACCAAAGAAGAGCCAUCGAAACCACCACCGCCACUCGCGACCUCUGCACCAGUCUUGUCUCAACAACGUAUGGCUGACACGUUCGCGAAGCAACAGAUCACAACGCAACAGCCUACCAAAACCACUCAGAUUUCAACUCCAACGAAUCAACAACCAGUAACGACGGUGACCAAGCAAGUACCACCACCGCUCACGGUGAAAACCCCGGAGACGAUAGUGACCCCCAUAAAACAGGAACCACCGAGCAUUACUCAGCCACCGACGAAACCAGUGAGUGAUGUCGUUGUUAAUAGUACCGUUCCGAUUCAACAACAAUGUAUAUCGACUCCCAUGGUCGUGUCACGAGUGGUACCACAAGCGAAACCAGUGAUCACGACGGUGGCUGGAAAGCCUGUUCAGCCCACGACACAAGUAUCGAGUACUGUUCAAGCGAUACAACAACCGUUGACGACUGUAACGACCGCGCCUCCACCACAACAAACACAAGUACAGACUCAGCCCCAAAUACCGGUUACCCCGAAACCUAUUGUCUCCACGCAACAACAAUCCCCACACGUAAACACAAUACCACCAUCAGUGCCUCAUACGGUGUCUCACACGGUGGGCCACCAAGCCCAGGCGUCACAGGGUGCAAAUGCACAACACUCAGUGCCUUUAGUGGAAGUCAAAAAGGAAGUUCUUGAUGAAGUUCUAUCUAGUGGUACACCUACCCAAUUAACCGAUACCAAAGACUUUCUUACUGCCAAAGAGGAGCUUAUCGAUGGAUCGAUUGACGACAAAACUGAUCUCAAGAAGUUGAAAAGGCGACAAUAUCAACAGAAACGGAAGCAAAGCCAGGGUAAAGACGCGGCGGCAGCACCUCAGAAAAAGCGUCCAAGGAAAGUGUCCCGCUUAGACGAGGAUUAUGACACGUUCAUUGACAAUUUAAUGACACAAUUGCGGCAACUUCAACCAAUGGCAGUAUUAGAACCACUUCUAGGCAGAAAUUACGGCGUGUGUCCUAUAUUUGGCUCGGGAGACUUGACGAAAAUCGGCAGUCAGAAAGACUAUAACACCAGGACAGGAGACUUAGUCGGUUCAUACGGAUCUGCUACAUUGCCGGGUGUAUCUGAUCACUAUAACACUCAACCGUUCGGUGAAAUGGAACCCCUACCACCUCAACAGCCAGCUUCUACCCAGAGAGGGUUUUACGAUCAAGAAUUUCCACCUCUUAAAUUAGACGAUUCCGACGAUAAAAAGGAGAAUUCUUUGUCAAUGAACCGCGAUGUGGAUUCCCCCGACACAAUAGUCAGUUCAUCUUCGCCCGAAUGCGUUAUACCGGAAUUCAUACAUCGAUUCCCCGGUUUACGAUUGAUCGAGGAAGAGUCAGAUGAGGAGUCGGAUUGGCUGAAACGAGUGUCACCUGUGAUACCUUUAAUCUCACCGAUACCAAUUAGAUUGAAACCGGCGUACAUCGGUAAAGACACCGCCAAACAGGACAAAGAAAAUCUAGGAAUACCACGUAAUUUGUACAGGCUUGGAAAAUCACCUCCAAUACCUUUGAGGGAUGGCAACGUAACGGUUACAUUGACCUUGAACAGUCAGGCUGCGGACGACAUAAUGGGAGUACUUAAAGAUUUGGCUAAUAUCUUAAACAUAGCUCCCCCCACUGGUUACCAGAUAGUAGAACGAACUACUACUCCCCCUAGUCAGAAAUUAGGUCUUUAUAGAACCAAGGGAAAAGAUGGUAAAGAGGGAGCUCCAAUUGAUAUACAAAGUAUUUUGAACGGCGCCGCCAAAUUCUGUCGUCAUUGCGACGUUGUGAUAUUAAAUAGCUUAAUAAGAAAGAAAGUAUCUGAUUUACCAUUUUUAAGUAAAGAAGAAGCAGAGCCCGGCGACGAGUUAUGUUUCUGCUCAGCAGCCUGUUACAUGCAGUUCGCCCUUAUGCACAGAACACCUUCAAAUACCCAAGAUAAGGCUGCAACAAUAGUAGAUCAUUUAUGUCAUAAUAAGGUAGAUACUAAGGUAUUGGAUGAUGAUUUUAAGAAAGGGAAAAAAUUUGUGGUGAAACAGCAGGUCGAUCAUAUUGAAACUAUGGAAAUCGAUCAGACAGAGAAGGAAAUCGAAAUCAAGGUAAAAACUGAGAAGGAAGAACAGGAUGUCCCCGAGACGAAAGAGGAAAUAGCGGAAGAGAAACGGCCAAAGAAACAUCCGGCCACGGAAGAGCCCUCAACUGAAUUAAUUGAACCACAACCACCUGCUAAAGUAUGGAGAGGUUUACGGUACAAAACGUGGUCUCUUGGCUCGAUGCAACCUCCUACAAAGUUUAAGAAAGCAACCGACAAAGAAAUCACAGAGAUGCUUUUCCGUAUGGGGGUAACCGUAGUACCUGCCAAAGCGGAAGACAGUCGACGAUGUAUGUUUUGUCACAGUCAAGGUGAUGGUACAGCCGAUGGUCCCGCUAGACUACUUAAUUUUGACGUCGACAAAUGGGUGCAUUUGAACUGUGCCCUUUGGUCGGAAGAUGUAUAUGAAACUGUAAAUGGUGCCUUGAUGAAUCUCGAUACCGCUUUGCAACAUAGUCUUGUAUUAAAUUGUAUCGUUUGCGAGAAACCGGGAGCUACUGUAAAAUGUUUUAAAAUGCGCUGCACCAACGUGUACCACCUUGGCUGCGCUGUUAAAGAUGGCUGUGUUUUUUAUAAGAAUAAGAGUACCUAUUGCUCUCAGCACGUGCAAAAGAACGAGAAAGAUAAUGAACUGACUACUCUUUCCGUGUACAGAAGGGUAUACGUCAAUCGUGACGAGAAUAGACAAGUCGCAGCUGUGAUGCAUCAUUCGGAACACAAUCACUUGCUGAGAGUCGGAAGUCUGAUAUUUUUAAGCGUCGGACAGUUACUUCCCCAUCAGCUCGCCAACUUUCACACACCGAAUUACAUAUACCCCGUCGGAUACAAAAUCGUUAGGUUUUAUUGGAGCAUGAGACGGCCGAACAAACGCUGCCGAUACGUGUGUUCCAUCCACGACGUUUCUGGUCGACCCGAAUUCCGCGUCUUGGUGCAAGAACCUCUACAAGAAGACGUCGAACUACGGGACGCCACUCCUCGCGCUGUAUGGAGCAGAAUUCUCGAACCUCUCGCCGAGCUACGAAGAUCGACGCACAGUGUCCAGCUGUUCCCGCGAUACGUUUCCGGCGAGGAUCUGUUCGGACUGACUGAGCCGGCUGUCGUUCGUGUUCUCGAAAGUCUUCCAGGCAUCGAAACUCUGACCGAUUACAGAUUUAAAUACGGCCGAAAUCCCCUGUUAGAAUUACCGUUAGCGAUCAAUCCCACCGGAAGCGCGAGAACGGAAGCCCGUCUACGUAAUCAGCUUCCUUGGAAGAGGCCGCAUACACAGCGCACAGGCUCUUCAGCCCGAGCAGCUUUUGUUCCGACCGCGACAGUUGCAGGCGAGGUGGCGUGUCCCUAUUCGAAACAGUUUGUCCAUUCCAAGAGUUCCCAGUACAAGAAGAUGAAGCAAGAAUGGCGCAACAACGUGUACCUGGCACGCUCGAAAAUCCAAGGUCUGGGACUGUAUGCUGCACGUGAUCUAGAGAAACACACGAUGGUUAUUGAGUACAUCGGAGAAAUUAUUCGUACUGAGUUGGCUGAAACUAGGGAAAAGCAGUAUGAAGCAAGGAAUCGUGGUAUUUAUAUGUUCCGCUUGGACGAAGAAAGAGUGGUCGAUGCGACGUUGUGCGGAGGUCUUGCAAGGUACAUCAACCACUCUUGUAACCCGAAUUGUGUCGCUGAAAUCGUUGAGGUCGAACGUGAUCUUAGAAUCAUAAUCUUUGCAAAGCGAAGAAUCUCACGUGGCGAGGAGCUGGCAUAUGAUUACAAAUUCGACAUUGAAGAUGACCAGCACAAGAUAGCAUGCGCAUGUGGCGCGCCUAACUGCCGCAAGUGGAUGAACUAA